AUGCAGCCCAUUCUUCGUGUGGCCGCCAGGCCCGUCCGAGCCUCUCACCGGUUCUCAGUCCUUUCCUAUCCUGCACAACCAAGAAGAUUCGCACAUCAGUCCUAUGGAAAUGAGCAGUCUGGGAUGCAGCAGGGCACCGAACAGGACAAUCCUAAAGCCAACAUGGAGCAUCCCGGCCCAGAGGCUCCUGAAACUGGCAAAAGUGGAAGCACGUCCACAAGCCAGGGUGGAAGUCCUAAGAUUCAAACCCCCAAAUCAGCGGCCGAGGACAGCGACCCGGACGUUCGGAAGCAUAACGAAGAGUUUGCACAACGACACGAGAGAACAGUAAAUCAGCUGAGUGAGGACGAUAACAAGGUUGACAAGAAGUUCUGGAAAGGCGACGUCGGACGCCCAUCGGAAGACAAAGAAUAG